CCCACAGGAUCCUCUAGCUAGACUAUCCAAGGGUCAUGGAGAGAAAUACCCAGUUAAAAUAUCACAAAUGAAGAAGUGAUACCAUUAGAGACACUAAAAAGACCAGUAGGUAAUAGUAUUAGCUUUUGUAUUCUGAGAUCCAACAGCAGCAGUCACUUCCCUCCACCCCUAUGUGUAUCCCAGGACCACCCUGGGCAGGGAGGGCUGAAGUUAGGGAGCACCCAUGGAUGCUCUGAUGCUGGCCCUGGGCCUCGGGGGUGACAGUGAUGAGGAACUGGGUGCACACAUGAGUGGGGCAGCCGGGCCUGGCCAGAGAAGCAACACACACGUGUACAGACGUGUUUACCCACAUACACGUGUGCACGCACGUGCACAAACACAUCGCAGGCAGGCAUGUUGACGCCUCAGGCCGUGGAGGACCCUGACUAUGGGCCCUGCUGACCCGGGCAAGGCCCCAUUGUGAUGCGUGCCAUGACCUCAGAAUGUCACUGGUGCUUAGCACCUAUCCGCUCUCUGGCCUGCCUCAGUGUUCUACAGCAGUUACACACAGGCGGUGGUAUCUGUGAGCAGCUCUGUGGACUCAAAGGUUUUCUCCCUUGAGAGGCAUAACCCAGGCCAGCUGAUUCAUCAGAAUCAGUAUGGACACGGUAGAGGACGCGGACAGUUGGUGGGCACAAGAGCGAGAGGACAUCAUUAUGAAAUAUGAAAAGGGACACCGAGCUCAGCUGCCAGAGGACAAGGGGCCUGUGCCUGUUGGAAUCUACGGCAACAUUGAUCACCUUGGAAUUCUGCAUGAGACGGAGCUGCCUCCUCUGGCUGCACAGGAGGUGAAGAAUCGGCGGGAGAUGAGACGGACGAGCAAGUGGAGGAAAAUGCUGGGAGAAUGGGAGACAUAUAAGCACAGUACAAAACUCAUAGAUCGAGUGUACAAGGGAAUUCCCAUGAACAUCCGGGGCCCGGUGUGGUCAGUCCUCCUGAACAUUCAGGAAAUCAAGUUGAAAAACCCGAGAAAAUACAAGAUCAUGAAAGAGAAGGGCAAGAGGUCAUCUGAACACAUCCACCAGAUUGACCUGGACUUAAGCGGGACUUUAAGGAAGCAUAUCUUCUUCAGGGAUCGAUAUGGAGCCAAGCAGCGGGAACUAUUCUACAUCCUCCUGGCAUAUUCGCAGUAUAACCCGGAGGUGGGCUACUGCAGGGACCUCAGCAACAUCGCUGCCUUGUUCCUCCUUUACCUGCCUGAGGAGGAUGCAUUCUGGGCACUGGUGCAGCUGCUGGCCAGUGAGAGGCACUCUCUGCAGGGAUUUCACAGCCCAAAUGGCGGGACAGUCCAGGGGCUCCAAGACCAACAGGAGCAUGUGGUACCCAUGUCACAACCCAAGACCAUGUGGCAUCAGGACAAGGAAGGUCUAUGUGGGCAGUGUUCCUCGUUAGGCUGCCUUAUCUGGACACUGAUUGAUGGGAUCUCUCUCGGGCUCACCCUGCGCCUGUGGGACGUCUAUUUGCUGGAAGGAGAACAGGUGUUGAUGCCGAUGACAAGCAUUGCCUUUAAGGUUCAGCAGAAGCGCCUCAUGAAGUCGUCCAGGUGUGGCCUGUGGGCACGUUUUCGGAACCAGUUCGUUUACACCUGGGCCAGGGAUGAUGACACUGUGCUCAAGCAUCUUAGGGCCUCUAUGAAGAAACUAACGAGAAAGCAGGAGGACCCGCCACCCCCAGCCAAACCCGAGCAAGGGUCCUCGGCAUCCAGGCCUGUGCCGGCUUCACGUGGCGGGAAGACCCUCUGCAAGGGGGACAGGCAGGCCCCUCCAGGCCCACCAGCCCGGUUCCAGCGGCCCAUUUGGUCAGCUUCCCCGCCAUGGGCACCUCGUUCUUCCACACCCUGUCCUGCUGGGGCUGUCAGCGAAGACAACUACCCUGUGGGCACUCGGGGUGUACCCAGCCCGGCCCUGGCUCAGGGAGGACCUCAGGGUUCCUGGAGAUUCCUGCAGUGGAACUCCAUGCCCCGCCUCCCAACGGACCUGGAUGUAGGGGGCCCUUGGUUCCCCCAUUAUGAUUUCGAACAGAGCUGCUGGGUCCGUGACAUAUCCCAGGAGGACCAGCUGGCCACCUGCUGGCAGGCUGAACACCCUGCGGAGGGGGUGAGAUUGGCUUUCACUGCACUGAGUCACAACGUGGGCAUGGACUUCCCGGCCCUGCAGUGCACCCAGCACUGAAUCCAACCAGGGCACCCCCUUCAGAGCUAGGGACGAGCAGCAGUGCGCUCCCACCUCAGGGCCUUGCCUCUGCUGCCUCCACUUGGAAAGUUCUCAGUUCCCUCCAGGUUUCUAGAAGCAUCUGGGCCAGGGCUCAUGGCUGGAUAAUUUCCCAAGGCUUAACAACCCAAGCAAGCUUCCCAUCCUCGUUUUAUUUUUUGUUAAACUUAUGAAAAUUUAUUAAGAAAGUGUACAGCUCGAGAGACAUUCAGAGAUGGAACACACCAGCCCCCAGAUCACAAAGCCAACCAUGCCCAGCCCCUCCCAGCACCCCCAGCCCCACGACCAGCGUUCUGAAUUCUGAUGACACCGCGAGCCUGCCUUUGUACUUUAAACUCAUGGAAGGAUAACCACCUUCACGUUUUAAAAUAAAUGUUUCCUGUUGAAUGA